UCGCUGCCCAUGUCUUCUCUGUAAUUAGAAUGAAUUUAAAACUCAUUCAGCAAUCAUUUAGCUGUGUGUUGUGCAAACACCUCUCUGUUAGGAGUAAUAAGUCCCUUACAUUUUAACUAAACCCUUGUAGUGCACGAGGUGAAAGUGGAGUUUGAUCUUUCGGUGAGUGGAGGAAGCUUCGAGACAAAAAUGUGAUUCCUCGGAUUUAUAUAAUUUGUGACAUGCUGUAUUGUUUGGGCCGGACAACAACGCUCAAGGCAGUCUGGCUGGAAUGAUUCACAGUGUGACAACUUACUGAUUACUAAGCAGGGGACAAUGGACCUUACACAAGGCCCCCAUGGAACCAGCAUGCCCCCUUCCCCAUCGCCCCCUCCAGGGGGCAGAAGUUCCCUGGUUACUGUAGAUAUAGUGGUGCUGGUAGUCUACUUUCUACUGGUUCUGGCUGUUGGCUUCUGGUCCAUGUGCAGGACAAAGCGCAGCACAGUGGAUGGAUACUUCCUGGCUGGGAAGAACAUGACCUGGUGGCCGGUGGGUGCCUCGCUGUUUGCCAGUAACAUUGGCAGUGGGCAUUUCAUUGGCCUGGCAGGGUCAGGAGCUGCAGCCGGAAUUGGAGCCAUUGCAUAUGAGUGGAAUGGUAUGCUGAUGGUGCUGCUGUUGGGAUGGCUCUUCCUACCCAUUUAUAUCGCCUCUGGGGUGACCACCAUGCCAGAAUACUUACAGAGACGGUUUGGUGGUAGAAGAACACAGUUAUUUAUAGCUGUCCUGUCCUUAUUUAUCUACAUAUUCACAAAGAUAUCGGUGGACAUGUAUGCAGGCGCAGUGUUCAUUCAGCUCGCCUUGCAGUGGAACAUCUACCUGGCUGUGGUUCUGCUGCUGUCAGUCACUGCUCUAUAUACUGUAGCAGGUGGUCUGGCUGCAGUGAUCUACACAGACGCUGCUCAAACUGCUAUCAUGCUGGCAGGAUCUCUCACCCUUAUGGCCUUCAGCUUUGUGAAAGUCGGGGGCUGGGAUGCUCUGAUGGAGGGAUACGGCAACGCCAUCCCUUCGAUCCGCGUGCCAAACUCAACCUGUGGCAUCCCCCGAGCUGACGCCUUCCACAUAUUCAGAGACCCGGUGAACUCUGACCUGCCUUGGCCUGGGGUCAUCAUCGGCAUGUCCAUCCCCUCCAUGUGGUACUGGUGUUCUGAUCAGGUGAUUGUGCAGCGAUCCUUGGCAGCUAAGAACCUGACCCAUGCAAAAGGUGGCUCCCUACUGGCUGCUUAUCUAAAGAUUCUCCCUUUCUUUGCUGUCAUGCUGCCUGGCAUGAUCAGCAGGAUACUUUACACAGAUGAUGUGGCGUGUGCAGACCCCGAGUUGUGUGAAGAGAUUUGUGGCAACCGAGUGGGUUGUUCAGAUACCGCCUACGCCAGACUGGUCAUGGAGCUGCUGCCUGCAGGGCUUCGAGGUUUGAUGAUGGCAGUAAUGAUUGCUGCCCUCAUGUCCUCUCUGACCUCCAUCUUUAACAGCUCCAGCACCAUUUUCACCAUGGAUCUGUGGAAGACUUUCAGAUCUCGUGCAUCCGAGUGGGAACUUAUGAUUGUGGGCAGGGUGUUUGUGCUCGUGCUGGUGGCAGUGUCUGUGCUGUGGAUUCCCGUCGUCCAGGCCAGUCAGGGUGGGCAGCUUUUUAUCUACAUCCAGUCCAUCAGCACCUACCUCCAGCCCCCAGUCUCCAUCAUCUUCCUCAUGGGCUGCUUCUGGAAGAGGACUAAUGAGAAGGGUGCAUUCUGGGGCCUGGUUGUCGGCCUCUUUGUGGGCUGCAUCCGUAUGUUGCUGGACUUCAUUUACCCUAUGCCUCUGUGCAAUGAGGAGGAUGACAGGCCUGGGGUGUUGAAAUAUGUGCACUACUUAUACUUCUCCAUGUUGCUGUCCUUCAUCACCCUGGUUGUGGUGGUUGCAGUCAGCCUAAGUACAGAGGAGCCCAAACCGGAGCAGAUAAGUCGCCUCACCUGGUUCACAAGGUUUGACCCAGUGGACCCCAAAGAGCAGGUCUUCUCAGUGGAGCGGGGUACUAAGACCUUAGAGGUGAUAACUAGUCAGUCCAAUGAGAUGGGAGUCACAGGAAGAGAGGAGGAGGGCAGCAAUGGAAAAACAUGUCAUUGCAGGAAAGACUCUUCGUCCUCCCUGUCCAGCGUCCAGAGCCAGUCCAGGCUGAUGUCUGCCCUCUACUGGCUGUGCGGGAUGGAGAGAAGGAAGGAGGGAGAGAAUGUGACACCUCCUGCACCCGAACAGCCUAUCUGCUCUCUGGAAGAAAAGCCAUGUUUACGACGCAUUGUUAACACCAACCUCAUCAUUUGCAUCUCUGUAACUGCCUUUAUCAUUGGCUAUUGGGGUUGACAGGCAGGUUGUGACAUUCUCAAUGGAGUUAUAAAAGUUAUUACUUUUCCGUCCCCUUUCUUCUUUUUUGCUCCUAAAAAUGAGAUGCCCAUACUGUGAUACAUUUCCUUUAAUACACACAGUUGAUGGAAUGGAUUCCACGUUGAAGUAUAAUUUUGCAACUGAUGCCUGAAAUGAGUCUUUUGUAAUAUUGGUGACAUAUCUGGAAUGUCAUUUUUCUUUAACAAAAGUUCCAUUUACAGUAUUUAGUAGUAGUAUUACAGCUGAAACGCAUACAAAAAUAGACUGAAGAUGACUGCUGAGGAGGAAAUCUUUUUCACACUUUGUAUUUUUGACAAAAUAACUGAGAAGCUGACAACACUGUAAAAUGUUGAAAAAUCUUUAAUUAAGAGUAAUGAUGCAUUGUAUGAUGCAUUAUGUGCAGAAAAGCCAACAUAAAAAUGCUGAGAAGAAAUAAAAAACAUAAUCAAAGAGCUGAAAAACAA